UUUUGCGAAGAAACUGUGCGGACUAUGUGGCUCCCGAGCUCGCAGAAUCACAUUGAAGCGGGUCUACUAUUGAGCCAAGAUGGUGGAGACGGAGCGUCCUUUUCUUGAGUAAAACCAGUGCUUGGGGGCGGGUCUGUAAUUGCAUCACAGCUGAUCUGGACCCCCCCCCCCCCGCCUCCUUCCCCCGAACUUGUUUUUGCAUGAGAUUGAGGGAAGACGCGUAUUCGUAUUUUCUCGUUUAGCCUCUUUCUGAUUAAAAAAAAUGGACUGGCUUUGUUUCUCAAGCUAUUAUUUGAAUUCAUUUGGCCGCGCGCAGUUGCACGAUGUCCCUUAGCUCCCGAAAAAAUGCUUUGAUGGCAAAUGUCAAAGCAAUCUUUUGUGAAUUCAAAUCAGCUUUAACCCAGUUUUGGUGGUCGCGGCUUUGCUUGUGUUAGUCAGCAGAGGAGAUGUUUUCGGCCGGAGAGGAGGUCGGGUCCAGCUUGUUGAGCUCCGGAGGAGGUGCAAUUACCCCUGCCUUGGAGCUGAGCCUCACCACCGCGUACACGGUCCUGUACUCGCUCCUCUUCGGCUUCGUUUACCUGCAGCUGUGGCUCCUUCUGCACUAUGGAUACAAGCGCUUCAGCUACCAGAGUGUCUUCUUGUUCCUGUGCUUGCUGUGGGCUGCGCUCAGGACGACCCUCUUUUCUUUCUACUUUGAAAAUGGGGUGCAGGCCAAACAGUUGCAGUCGCUGGCCCACUGGCUGCUCUACUGCUGCCCGGUGUGCCUCCAGUUCUUCACCCUUUGCCUGCUCAACCUCUACUUUUGGCAGGUGGUGUUUAAAGCAAAAGCCAAGUACUCCCCAGAACUCAACAAAUACAGGGUUGCUCUAUCAUUAUUCUUCCUGUCCCUCUGUAUAUUUUUUCUCGUGGUGAAUUUAACAUGCGUAUUGUUGGUGCAAGGAGCUUUGGAGCGUUCUGAAUUGCCAAGUGACAGAAGCGUGAGACGCGCUGUUUUGGCUCGGGUCCUGAUCAACGACAGCCUUUUUGUCCUGUGUGCUGUGUCUUUGGCCGUCUGCAUCUUCCGCAUCGCCAAGAUGUCUUCAGCCAAUGUUUUCCUCCAAUCCAAGGGGACAUCGGUCUGUCAGGCGACUGCUGUAGGAGCGAUGGUAAUCCUCCUCUACACAUCGAGAGCUUGUUACAACCUCGUGACGGCGCUGUCUCCAUUGGGCAGACCUGAUUUGUGCAACUACAGCUGGUACGGUGUUCCUGAUAAGCUCAGCGGCGAGGCCUACAUGGUGUUUGGAAUCAUUUUGUUCUUCUGGGAGCUCCUGCCCACUAGCUUGAUGGUGCUUUUCUUCCGCGUCCAGAAGCCCAAUCAGAACCUGGUUUUCGCAGGAAUCCUCAACAGCCACACACUCGGCUCCAGAGAUUCUUUUUUUGACAACCCGAGGCGAUACGACAGUGAGGACGACCUGUCCAGAAGCAACAGGGGCGAUCGGGCCAGCCUUCCCUCUUCCUCUGCACAGCCCAAUUGCAUGUCUAGUUGGUACGGCUCUAUCCAGUGUAACGGGAGCCUUGUGUCGACCCAGCCGCCGUCGUCCUCCACGGCCCCGCUCCUAUUCGCUUAUGGAAACGUCCAGAGCGCCCAGCAUCACCACCACAACUACUACUCCACACCACAAAGUAACCAGCACCAUCAUGGUUGUUAUUACUCUACCCCUCAGAACUGAGAAGAUAAAAGUCCUUCUUUUUGGAACCAUUGCCCUUCCCUUCCAAACUUAGAGAACAAAGAUUGUUUGAUGAGGAAUAUGAGGACCAAAAUUCCUGACCGUGGUCCUCAAUCAUGCUUUUAUGGGGGUCCAUCCAUCCAUUAAUAAAACAAAACCAAGAAUAAUCAGUCUCGAGUUAGUAUAGAAAAUGCAUUUGUUUGAAAUAAACGCAAAGGCUUUCACUGGAUACUUAAUCAGGACACUUAAUGAGUCGUUAAAAAAAGUGAAUCAAAAAUCAGAUUAAACUAAAAUGUUGCUCAGAGCGCUGACCUCAAAGGUCAAAAUUUUAACCAAAGCCGAAAAGCUUGGUUUCUGUUUUUUUGUUUUAUAUGUAUGUCCUGAAUUCAUGUUUUGUUUUUGUUUUUGGGGGGGGUGGGGGCAUUCCAGCUCAGUCCCAUCAUCUCUCAGCAUUCACGCAUAAUUUUGGAAUUCAUAACAUGAGUAUUGUUGUGCUUGCAUUUUGCAGUGGUGUACAGUACUGUUAAAUUUUAGAUACCAUCCGUCCAUCCAUUUUCUGUUGCGCUUAUCCCCACUUGGGUCGCAGGUGACCCGGCCUGGCCCAUCUGAUUGAAAUUACGGCGACAGGCAGGGUGCAUCCUGGACUGGUCGCCAUCCAAUUGCAGUGCAUUUUGGAAAAUGUGCUCAUGAUGUCUUGACAGCUUCAAUCAAAACACGAUUAUCUUUUUGAUUUGCUUUGGUUUUUAGUACAGCUCUGCUGUGUGAUUAUUUACUGAAGGCGUUCCUAAUGUGUUGUGGCUGAUGAUUUAUUUGCAUAAACCAAAUGAAAUCCUCAAGGGUCAUGUAGUGGUACCGACCUUGAAAUAAGACCUUUCAGUGAUUGGCUCCCCUUUUCAAUGUUUGCCACAUAAUCUUGAGAGUUGAGAUGUUCUUUUAACUCCUCAGUUAUUAAAUUUUCAGGAAAUAUUUUGACAGGUAUAUAUCACUAAGAAGUGCCUUGGGUAACAAUAUGGUUCUCAAAACAUUUUCUUCCUUUUAUAGCAUUUUUUUUUUUUUCAUUUGAUGAUGACUUGAUAGUGAUUUUGGCAUUUUCCACUCACUGCUCUGCCAAUUAUAGCGGGUACAAUAAGUGUUGCAAUGAGUCUAAAUUUACAAAAAAUGAACAUUAUUUUAUCACCACGUCAAGUCAUUAGAUAAAGUGAAUUAUUUGGAGCAUGUGUAAACUACCUUAAUGAUCCAAACAAAUAUUUUGGGUCAGACGGGGAAGUCGCAAAGGCACAAUACGGUGAUAGUGACUCAGGUGGAACGUGGUCAGCAUGUCUUAUUUAACAGUGAGAUGUUCUCCGUGUGAAUGUGUUGAGUUUCGAUGUUCUACCCAUGCUUGUGAGCGUUAUCUCUUUACUUCCCCACUCCACGCCAACCAUGGUGUUCCAAAAAAACAGCAUGUUAGGUCCAAAAGGAUCCCUAGCUGUAAUUGGUUGUUUAUUUGCAAUUGGUGAAUGACUGGUGACCAGUCCAGGCAUGUCAACUGGGAUCAGUUGAAGCUUAUCCAGGAACCAGUACAGGAAAAGCAGCAAGCAAAUGAAUGGAUGGAAGCUGUCUGUUAACACAAUUAAGUACACCCCAACACAUCAUGACUGAAUGUGAUCUGCAGCAGUUUUACAGUUGCAAAUAUCAGCACAGUACCACAAAGCGAAGUAUAUCUGCACCAUCUAUGGUUGGUGUCAUAGUAAUCAAGAAAAAGAUUGUCACGGUCCACAGGCUAGACAGCUCGGCCCAAAACCUUUAUAAGCUUUGUUGCAACCUUUUGCACUCGGAUGGGUUUAUACGAUGAGAGAAGAAGGCCAUCAUUUCAAAUUUCAUACUUCCAUUCCUCAAGGAAAAUAUGUUUGCACAAGAUGUGGUCAAGUGAUGUAUGUAUUGAAUCAUUUGCAUGUUUCUCGUUGAAAGUCUGUAUGUUUGUGAUCUAAACAAUAAGGAAACUUUUAUAUGUUUUUCUUUUUUUUUUUUAAUUCACCAUAGCUUUAAUGAUUUAACAAGUUUGUAUUUUUACAUUGUUUUCCCAAGAUCGCUAAUUGAAUGAUUUCUUUGUGUUUGGUGUCUGACCUAUUUUCUCAUUGCAAGUUAACAAACGUGUUAAAUCGGUUAGUGGAUUUGAUCAACAAG